GGAGCGACGGCACCACAGCAUGACUGAGAGAGGAGGGGAGAGAGAGAGAGAUACUGUCCUCUCCGCCGACACUUCAUCCAUUAAGGCGUGAUUUAACACGGGACUGUUUAGUCUAUAGUUCUAACGAUGCCCGUCAGUGUCGGGCUGUGAGGAGGACUUGUCUCACGGUUAGCUUUUUACUUCGGCUACAUGGCCAGCUAGCACAAUAAAGCUAACUACCGUUAGCUUCUGGCUUCAUCUCACCCGGACCCGGCGAAGUGAAUAGCCGAGGAGGGGAAUGGCAAGAGUUUGUUCGAAUAGCCCUUUCAGAAGAAACAACGAAUAACCAGACUAAACCAGCCCAUAUAUUUGUACUGCUUUGAAUCACCGGUCGUUGGUGUUACUGUAAUCCCCACCAUGGUGCAGAAGUACCAGUCACCCGUGCGGGUGUACAAGCAUCCCUUUGAGCUGGUGAUGGCGGCCUAUGAGCGCCGGUUCCCCACCUGUCACCUUAUCCCCAUGUUUGUGGCGAGUGACGUGGUGGAGGAGGAGACCAAUGAGGACGGUUCCAACACCAGGGUUGAGCGCCGCUGUGCUCUGGAUGUUGACGCUCCACGCCUGCUUAAAAGGAUUGCGGGUGUGGAAUACGUCUACUUCAUCCAGAAUAACACGCUGAACCGAAAGGAGAGGACACUUCACAUCGAGUCCCAUAAUGAGACCUUCUCCAACAGGGUCAUCAUCCAUGAGACCUGUUGCUAUUCGGUUCACCCGGAGAAUGACGCCUGGACGUGUUUCGAGCAGACCGCCAGCCUGGACAUCAAGUCCUUCUUUGGCUUUGAGAGCACUGUGGAAAAGAUUGCGAUGAAGCAGUACGCCAGCAGUAUUAAAAAGGGAAAAGAAAUCAUAGAGUUUUACCUGAAGGAGCUACAAGAUGACGGGAUCAGCCAUGUGCCGCGCUGGACUCCCUCCUCUCUUCCCCUUCCUCUCCCCAGACCGACCAGCCUCUUCAGCAGCUCACCUAUCCUCCCCAAACUCACGGUCACGCCCCCCGUUUCUAUCCCGUUGCCCAUCAACGCCAAGGACAGCACCGCCCAGGAAGCCAAUCGGGACAGCAGCACACUUCCGGCAGACAUCCUGACAGAGAUCCUGACUGGUACACCUGAAGAUAAGUUGGAUGCGGACUAUAUAAAACGUUACCUAGGCGACCUGACCCCCCUGCAGGAGAGCUGUCUGAUCAGACUUCGCAAAUGGCUGCAGGAGACGCACAAGGGGAAGAUCCCCAAGGACGAGCACAUACUGCGUUUCUUGCGUGCCAGGGACUUCAACAUGGACAAGGCGCGAGAGAUCCUUUGCCAGUCGCUGACCUGGAGGAAGCAGCACCAGGUGGACUACCUGCUGGAGACCUGGAGCUCACCACAGGUCCUCCAGGACUACUACACCGGGGGCUGGCACCACCAUGACAGAGAUGGUCGUCCUUUGUACGUCCUGAGGUUGGGUCAGAUGGACACCAAAGGACUGGUCCGCGCUCUCGGAGAGGAGUCUCUGCUCAGACAUGUGCUGUCUAUCAAUGAGGAGGGCCUGAGACGCUGUGAGGAGAACACCAAGGUGUUUGGUCGACCCAUCAGCUGUUGGACGUGUCUGGUAGAUCUGGAGGGGCUGAACAUGCGUCACCUGUGGCGGCCGGGAGUAAAGGCGCUGCUGAGGAUCAUUGAGGUUGUGGAGGCCAACUACCCAGAGACUCUGGGACGGCUGCUUAUCCUGAGAGCGCCCAGGGUUUUCCCUGUCCUCUGGACCCUGGUGAGUCCAUUCAUUGAUGAAAACACCCGCAAGAAGUUCCUCAUCUUCGCAGGCAAUGACUACCAGGGUCCUGGAGGGCUGGUGGAUUACAUAGACAAGGAGAUCAUCCCUGACUUCCUGGCAGGGGAGUGUAUGUGUGAAAUACCAGAGGGAGGCCUGGUUCCCAAGUCCAUGUACCGCACAACUGAGGAGCUGGAGAACGAAGAUGUCCGCCUGUGGACCGAGACAAUUUACCACAGCGCCAGCAUCUUCAAGGGAGCGCCACACGAGCUUCUGAUCGAGAUCAUCGAUGCCUCCUCAGUCAUCACCUGGGACUUUGACAUGUGCAAAGGCGACGUAGUUUUCAAUAUCUAUCACUCCAAGCGGGCCCCCCAGCCUCCGCGUAAAGACCCCCCGGCAGCCCACGGCAUCACCUCCCCAGUAGGCAACAAUGUCCAGCUUAUCGACAAGUCGUGGACGCUGGGGCAGGAUUACAGCAUGGUGGAGUCCCCGCUCACCUGCAAGGAGGGCGAGAGUGUGCAGGGCUCCCAUAUUACACGUUGGCCAGGUUUCUACAUCCUCCAGUGGAAGUUCCACAACAUGCCGGCCUGCUUGGCCACCAACCUGCCCCGAGUGGAAGACGUGCUGGCCACCCUGCAGGUCUCCUCGCACAAGUGCAAAGUCAUGUACUACACUGAGGUGUUGGGCUCUGAGGACUUCAGAAUGGCUUGCUGCGAUGUGCAGAGUUUGGGCUCCAUGACUAGCCUGGAGUCGAGCCACAGCGGCUUCUCUCAGCUCAGCGCCGCCACCACCUCCUCCAGCCAAUCACAGUCCAGCUCGAUGAUCUCCAGGUAGAAAGACUGAGGACUUCAUUCCCCACAAUCCCCCUCUCCACUGCCCUUAACGUCAACACCAAAGCCAACCCUCGUCGUCUUUGGACUCUGUUCCCAUUGCACAGCCAGUCUCUAUGGAACUGCAGCAUGUUUGCACAAACAGAAGACAAAGAAUUAAAAAAAUGAAUUAAAACAAAUCAGAGACAAAAAAAGAAAAUAAGGGCUUAUUUUUGCACAAAGUUGAUAUAUUUUUUGUGCCUGGCAUCUCUGCCGGGCACAGUUUGAAUCUAAACAUUAGCAGAAUGUUUGUGUGGAUAUAUUAAAGGUCGGGAGAUGAAUGGCGGUGCCUUCGUGGCACCAGAAGCUGAAAGAAGCAAUACUUUCAUCCUGCGAGCGGCGGAGUUCGGAUGAAGACACUGGAGGCGCUGUUGCAUAUAUGCAUUCACAUCUACAUCCACAUAUACAGGACUGAGGCGACGCAUACCUCAUUCAUGUGCGCUCUCUGAAAAACUGUAUGUGCUGUUACAUACACACACACAAACACACAAACACACACAUGGACGUUUGAUGACAUGCAAAAAAAUUGACAGUGUUUGCCAUAUUACCAGAGCGGUUUAUUGAAUCUGGUGAAUUGUUCAUAGGUCAAGUGUGGGUGGGCGGGGGGGGGGGGGGGGGGGGGACUCUGAACGGGACCUGGGUCAAAGAUCACCUGCAAAUAAUGUUGGUAUUCAAUCGUCAUGGAGUUACGGAGUGGGUGGAGCUUACUGAAUCGCGACAAUGCAGGUGGUGUCCGCGAAGUUGCCAGGUGACGGGAAAAUAACAUUCACAAGUUUUCCCGAGGCCGUGUGACCUGUCAUUCAUUUCGUUGUCUCAUUUGGCAAACCCCACCCGCCCGUCUCACGAGGGCUUUAUCACACCUUGAAAAGCAUUUGAAUAUUUGACCCGGGUCUGACUCUUAGCGAAGUAAAUCCGCUAGAAGCAAUAACACAAGUUUGACUUUCUACUGUGUGAAAUAUUUCUAUUUAUCAUUGAGAUGUGUGUGUGGACGAUCAUGGGUGCUGAUUGCAGAUGAGCUUUUUUGUUGUAAGUUGCGUGCAGGCAGACGGACGGGCAAACUGAGCCAGUAAACGACAAACUUCUUGUCUCCGUCACCAUUCUGUCAGGAGAGGAACAAAAAUAAUUCGCCAGAUUUACUCCUGGACACCUUUUUGUACUUUCCUCAUUAGGACCACAGUUGGUUUGCUUUCUGUCCAGCGUCUGCAUGAUUGAGGAACUCGGGGCAAAAUCAAGUCGUGGAGGCGACGCUGAUUAGUGAAUGUGCUAUGUGAUAGUCGAGCGCUUGCCAACCAGUGAAACGCCUGAAUUUGAAAGGGUUGUAAUGCAAUUGGGCAGAGCCUCCAUCAUUCUCAACUUAUUUUUCCGAGUGAUGUAGAUUUCAGGGUGCAUUAGGAAUGAAUGUUACUGUGUGAUUAUCAUUUGACGUCACGCCGGCAGACAACGUAUGGAUACUGCACAUGUUGGUGGGAGUUUGUUACUGUCUUUGAAGGUGAUGGGGUGAAGCAGUGUGCUGUGUUACUGCAUGCUCGCGUGUUGAUUGGGUUUACAGAUCUAUAUUAUUUAAAAAUGAAGACAUAGCCAUUUUAAGAGUCAUGUGUCAAUAAAUACCAUGUUAGCCUUUGUAAGCAUCACUUAGAAACAUACCUGCUUUUUUCAAGGUCACCACUGUAAUAGAUUGUGAACUGAAUGAACAUUUAUAAAUUCAACAGGUUUUAAUAUUUGGUUGAUUAGCAUUGGGGACUUCACGUAGAUGGAACUCCCUGUAGAGGGCGGAGAUGAUCGCCAUUGCCAAGAGUCAUUCUCUCGUGCUGUUGCCAUCGUUACCGAGUGCAGCUGACAGCAAAGGAAACACAAGAUAAGACGGACGGACGCUUCCUCCUGAAGUUACGGGCCCUGGCUGCUGUUGUCUUUGAUACAUGAAACUGCUUGUUUUUUAAAAAACUAUUAACAAAAGGUCAAGGGUUAACUUGUAUAUGUCAUUGAACUGCAAUAACAUGAAAUGCUUUACUGAGAAAAAGGACCUCCUCAGAUUGUUGGGCUAUUAAAAGUGUGUGUGAUGGUGUAAAAGAAUGACUGUUAGAAACGGUGGGGAUAAAAGAUAUGCCUGUAAAAUGCUCCCGCUGCCCCUCACGGCAGCAGUGUUUCUCUACGUCUCCCAUUCUGAAGCAUGUCUAGAAUCCCACGACUAACUCUCACCUGGUUUCUCCUUCAGGAGGCGUCAAUGGUUCGACGGAGGACGGAGGAUCAGUUUCAGAUAAAACUGCUCUUCUGGUUCCCGUUGUCUCUUUCUCUCUAUAAACUCUUCAUGUCAUGUGUACACUCCAGUUUUGCUGUUUUGCUUUCAAACACUUUUCUUUGUGUAUAACUUAGAAAGCAGAGUGGAUCUUGAUUGAAAUCAGAGGUUUUGGUUUAAUUUCCGUUUCAAUUCAGUGUUCCACAUACCAGAAGACUCCUGCUUCUCUGACUGAAGCUCUUACAUCGUGUGCACUUUUCAUCAAGAUCUCAUUGGUAGAUGAGGGCUAUAACUGUUUAUCUGUCUCUGCUUCCUUCUCCGACAUCGUCACAUAUCGUCUCUUUACCUUGAUGUGAGGAAUUAUGUUCAAAGUACAUGUUUGGAUUAAUGAGAAUAUGGCGCCUUUACAUUUUUUGAAAACAUUAAACUUGAAUUAUGAGAAACUA